AUGUUACCGGAGUUCCUGGAUGCUUUUGUUGGGUCGAAACAUCGACGCGUGGCGCAAGACCAGUUCCGCGGGAUUCCAUCCGUAAUUGCUCAUGUUCCUGCUUUCCUUACUUACCCCACCAUCUCACUGCUACCCGGAGUUGAUGAAGCUAAGGCGUUACUCACUCAAAAGCUAGUUACAUGUUCGAUCGUGAUUCUAAGAUUUCUUAGUGGUACCGGUUAUUCUCGUCCUCCGCUUUUUGUCACUCACCUCAACCUCGCCGUGAGUGGAUUUGUGAGGUGGAAGAACGGCUGGCCGGCAAUCGUAUUGGUGCAUGCGGGUGCCAAUAAGUGCGAACUCGAAUGGCUACUCCCGUUCUCGUAUGUUCCGGUUUUUCCUGUUAUCGACGUUCUCUGA